UUCUAAUCUAAUUCUAUAUUAUAACGGGUAUGGGAUAAUAUUGACAAUAACAGUGGGAGGGUCUUGUUCCCUGAGUAUUCUCUAUCACAACUUUAUUGUCCUGGUCUAGUUCGUCCUCUCCAACGCGUCCAUUGGUGUCUUUUGGGUUAUAUAUUUGGAUCAGUCCAAUCCGACCGAUCCAGAUGGUCCAACAAAGAGAAAAAGAAUGAAAAGAAUGAAAAGAAAGAGGUCUCAAUUCCACAGACCUUCCCCGAUCACACGAGAAGCAGAGACCCCUCUUUUGUUUUCAUCCGAAUACUCCGUGAUGUCAUAGGACUCUUGGUUUGUCGUACCGCCAACUUCCUGCAAUUACCUAUUCUCAGUACUUCCCCGUUUUUCCUUUCUAUCAACCAACUCUAUCGAACAUAUCCAUGUGGAUGACGGAUUGCCACGACAUCGAUACCUACGCCUCUCAGCGAUUACGAUAAAGUCAACCCGGUCUCACCCAGCGAUCUCUCGCUUGAUCCUCUCCCUCGCUACUUCCUCCAUCAUCAACCCCCCGAUGAUUGUAUAUUGGGCGCAGAGGUUAGUUACCCAAACACGGGCAUCUUUCGCACUCCCCCAUCGCUAGCUACGCGGUGAUCUAUGGUCGUCCAUUUCGUCACCUCGUCUACUCCCCCAACAAUCCCUCGAUGGCCGUGGUGUCGGCGACCUGGUAUUCAGUCUCAACCCUGGGGCCACCCCAUCACCACUACCCCUCUCCGAUGGUGGACAAGGAGGAGGAGGAGGUAGAAGAAGAGGAGGACCUGCCUUUCCCCAUGUCCGACAUGGAAAACAGUAUCCAUCGCGUCGUCAAAUCGCCCUUCGAACAGCUCCCCCUCGAGCUCCUCCUGCAGAUCCUGUCGUAUCUCUCGGCGCAGGACCUCGCGCGGGUGUCAGCCACAUGUCGCUCGUUCGCCAAACACGCAGCCAACGAUCGGCUGUGGGCUAGCCUGAUCAACUCCUACCUCCCGGACAAGAUCAACGAUGCGGGUCCCUUUGACUCCUUUCGCAGUCUCUAUAUCGCCCACCAUCCCUGCUGGUUCAUUCCGCAGCACAAGAUCUGGUUCUCGGAUACGGAGCACACCGGGAACCUCAUCCUCGCCCGCUACGACAACCGACGCGGGGUCAUCGAGGCCUACCGCAUCAUCGCGGAGAGGCGCACCAAUCACUUCCAAACCUGGGAGUGGAAUACGGACGUCAUCGUUCAGAACUUCCAUCCCAAGGUUAGCCUCUGGCUCGACGACCCCGUGCUGUUUCUGAAGAACCAGCGGGAGGGCCGACCCACGCGCUACCUGCAUGGCGAGACUCGGAUGCCCCUGCCCCUCGAGAUGCAGCAUGUGUCCAACGCGUUCCUCCUCUGCUCCAGCGAGCAGCCAUUGGACCCCGACCCCACCAAGCAGUGGCCGCCGCCGGCGAUCCCCAGCAGCGUCCGCGUCCACCGCGACGCCGACACCCAGCAGUCGGAAUGGGACCAGCCCCCGCGCCAGCUGACGCAGAUGUCAGAACAUGCAUUUCGGAUCCGGCGGUGGGCACAUCUCCGUAUGGGCAUGCCCAUCUUCAGCCGGGGGGAGACCCUGUCGACCUACGCCACGCUAGAUCCCAGCCUCUACACGCCGACCCCGGAAAAACCGUACCAGGGCAUCUGGGUGGGGGACUACGCGGCGCACGGCUGCGAGUUCUUACUUUUCAUGCAAGGCGAUCCCAGCGAGGACCUGACCCCACCUCCGAGCGAGACCGAGCCCCACGACGGCGGCCCAAUCCAGCGCGGCAGCCUCAUGGGAAUCAAACUCACGGGGGACCCGAACGUCCCCCGCGGCGAGAUAUCAUUCAUCUCCGACGACAUCGGCCCAGGCGGCUUCAUCCGGGUCGCAGAGGAAGCCCUCUUCCAAGGGUCCCGGAUCGUGCGCAGUAGGGGCCACGUAGCGGGCCUAGGUUUUCGCGAUGACACAUUCAUCAACUCGCAGCUGAUCCUGAUUUCCCCCGACUACAUGGCCCAUUACUGGGAAGCCAUGGGCCAUAUUACCUAUUUCCGCCGACUGGAUAUCGACGCGCUGAUUCGGACGUGAACAUCGUCCCUGUGACUUAUGACUAUGACUACGACCACGACUACGACUAACGAGAUAUGGCAUCCCUUUUGUACCCGGAAGGGUAUAGUCAUGAAUGUACUUUUUCUUUUUCUCUUUUUUCUUUCUAUUUAUGCAAGUCAAUUACUCGAUGAUCGUAAGCAUACUCACUUACUAGAGAGAGAGAAAGACAGAAGGUGUUGGAUAAAAGCAAGUGCCUUCCUAGUAAUGGCAACAGUCUGGGAGGCCGAUAUCUUGUACCUUGCCUUACUUGCCAGAGAUAGAUGCACAUGAGCCAAAGAUGGAUGAACCCUCUAUCCUAGACAAGUGCAAACCCACAAAGAUCAAUGACAUCUCACAUCUCACGUAAGGGAGUGUAUUCCCCACCCCUUACCUAGAUAUCCACCGAGUGU